AAGGGCAGCCUACGAAGCUGCAAGUCAACAAUCCGAACUACCUAAGCAUCUUCUAAAUACAAUAUCUAAGUCAAUACCUUAAUUUUUUAUACAAGCAUUAAUUCACCCUCCUAAUCACAAACAUCCAAAUACAAAACCCACAAACAUCAGCUUUCCAUCCAAAUCCCCCAAAGAAGUAAAAUAAAAAAUAAAAUCAUGGAAUUCUUCAACCAUGGCAAAGCCGUGAGACUGAAGAGCCACCUCGACAAGUACCUAGUCGCGGACGACGACCAAGAGACCAUCCGCCAGAGCCGCGACGGCGCGUCGAGGUGGCGCGUGGAGCUCGUGGAAGGCAAUGCGCACGUGAUCCGCCUGAAGAGCCGCCACGGGCUCUACCUGGCCGCCUCCGACGAGGCGUAUCUCCUCGGCAUGACCGGCAAGAAGGUGGCGCUGAAGGCCUCCGCGGAUCCGAAGAGAGACGCCUCGGUGGAGUGGGAGCCGAUCAGGGAGGGGUACAGCGUGAAGCUGCGGGCGAAGGGCGGGAAGUUUCUGCGGGCGAACGGGGCGACGCCGCCGUGGAGGAACUCGGUGACGCACGAUCUGCCGUAUCGGACGGCCACGCAGGAUUGGGUGAUGUGGGAUGUGGAUGAGGUCGAUGUGUCGGUGCUGGAGGAUGAGUAUUUGCCGCGGCUGAGUAAUGCGUCAAGUCUUUCGGAUUCUUCCGCCCCCAAUUCGCCACGCGUGGGCACGCCAGGUGCGGCGGAGGGGCGGAAGAAGUCGAUUUUUGCGACAGAGAGACGGUGGUCGUCUCUUGCGUCGGAUAGGUCCGUUCACCCGAGCGGUAGAGAGGACGGAAUGGAGUUCUUCACCAACGCAAAAGCAGUCCGCCUCCAAAGCCACCUCGGCCAAUACCUCGUUGCCGCCGCCGACGAGGCUGAAAGGAUAUGGGCUAGAUUAGAUUAAUAUGGAUUAAAUAAUUAUAGUUGGGCUACAAUUAUAAUUAGUCCAUAAGCCCAACAAUCAUGAAACCCUAAUGACU